AUGCUCGGUGGUUCCAAGGAUGGCCAAGUUGUAGAUGCAAUGGAUUUGUUCUUCAAGUUCACGCUGGACGCCAGCACCGCCUUCUUGCUUGGCCACAGUGUGAACAGCUUGGAAAACCCUCAGGAUCGUUUCUCUGACGCUUUUGCCACCGUACAGAGUGUCCAAUCCACUAUUGCUCGUGUUGGGCCCCUCAACCGUUUCGUGCCACGCAAGGCAUUCUAUGAAUCUCUCAAUAUAAUGGAACAGUUCAUACAACCGUUCAUUGAACAGACACUACAGCUGACGCCCGAUGAGCUCGAAAAGAAGUCCAAGUCAGACGAAGGCUACAACUUCCUGUAUGCGCUUGCUAGCUUCACGCGCGAUCGCACGGUCUUGAGAGAUCAAUUGACUGCUGUCUUGCUUGCUGGACGUGAUACUACCGCAUGCACACUCUCAUGGUUGUUCAGCGAAAUUUCCAGAAGACCUGACAUUGUCAACAAGCUGCGACGUGAGAUUGAGGAGCAUGUGGGUAUGAACAACAAGCCUACCUAUACUCACUUGAAGAACAUGCGGUACCUUACCCAUGUUAUCAACGAGACCUUGAGACUCUAUCCCAUCGUACCUUUCAAUGUCAGAGUCUCUCUGAAGGAUACGACUCUGCCGCGUGGAGGCGGUCCAGAUGGUACCCAGCCUAUUGGUAUUCCUGGUAAGUCAGACCAAUAG